AUGGGUAAUGUGGCAUGGUGAUUGGGGAGGUGGGCGACAUGCAUGCUCCUGGCCUGGAGAGGGGUGGGCACUGCUGCCAGCCUGUGCUCAGGGCGCCUUGUGGGUGAGGAGCAUGGGCAAUGGUGGCAGAGCGUGUGCUUUGAGUGCAGAAGGUUCAGUCCCCAGUGGCAUCUCUGGGUAAAGCUGGGAAGAGGCCUCCCCUGUCUGAAACCCUGGGGAGCUGCUGCCGGCCUGUGUUGUUGUUGUUUAGUCGUGUCCGACUCUUGGUGACCCCCUGGACCAGAGCACACCAGGCACUCCUGUCUUCCACUGCCUCCCGCAAUUUGGUCAAACCCAUGCUGGUAGCUUCAAGAACACUGUCCCACCAUCUCGUCCUCUGUCGUCCCCUUCUCCUUGUGCCCUCCAUCUUUCCCAACAUCAGGGUCUUUUCCCGGGCGUCUUCUCUUCUCAUGAGGUGGCCAAAGUCUUGGAGCCUCAGCUUCAGGAUCUGCCCUUCCAGUGAGCACUCGGGGCUGAUUUCUUUCAGAAUGGAAAGGUUUGAUCUUCUUGCAGUCCAUGGGACUCUCAAGAGUCUCCUCCAGCACCAUAAUUCAAAAGCAUCCAUUCUUCGGCGAUCAGCCUUCUUUAUGGUCCAGCUCUCACUUCCAUACAUCACUGCUGGGAAAACCAUAGCUUUAACUAUACGGACCUUUGUUGGCAAGGUGAUGUCUCUGCUUUUUAAGAUGCUGUGUAAGAUGCCAGCCUGUGUAGGCAACACUAAGCUAAAUGGACUCAGUAUAAGGCGCCUUCCUGUGUCUGGGAGGUGCUGUCGCUCAGUGGCAGAGCAUCGGCUUGGUCCCGGGUUCAAUCCCCGCCAUCUCCAAAUAGGCCCCUACCUUCCUCAAACCCCAGAGAGCCACUGUGAGUCAUUGCGGACAAUACUGAGCUCAGCAAAUGAGUGGCUUGGCUGUGUUGCAAGGCAGCUUCCUAAGCUGAGGAGAGGCUGGAGCUCAGCAGUGGAGCAUUUUCUUUGCAUGUAGAAGGACCCAGUUCCAGUCCCCUGCACCUUUCCAGCUACGGGUAGACCAGGGUCUGGGCACCUCAGACCUGUCAGCCAAACUUGGCCUAGCAGGCCCCUAUCUCGUGCCCUCAGGCCGUGCCACACUGCUCCUCCAUAUCAUACACCCACACCAGGCCCUGCCUGACACUUUCCUUGAGUGAUUUUUGGGUAUCAACUUGUAAACCCAGUUUGAGCAUCAGUUACAGUGGCACCUCGGGUUACAUACACUUCAGGUUACAGACUCCACUAACCCAGAAAUAGUACCUCGGGUUAAGAACUUUGCUUCAGGAUGAGAACAGAAAUCGCAUGGCGGCAGCAGGAGGCCCCAUUAGCUAAAGUGGUACCUCAGGUUAAGAACAGUUUCAGGUUAAGAACGGCCCUCCGGAACAAAUUAUGGUAAGUACUUAACCUGAGGUACCACUGUACUAAGUUUCAGGGGCAGCAAAAAAAGCGGGGUUCGUGGCACAAAAGUUGGACACCAGUUUGGAGUCAAUUAGACAAUGUUCGGUUUUGGGCUAUACCUGUGGCCCCCAGUUUGAGCAUCAACUACUCAGUUUGCGGGGUGGGGUGAUAGAAAACACAGGGUUCACCCCACAAAACUAGCACAAAACUCUGGCACCGGUUUGGAGUCGAUCGGCCAAUGUUGGGUUUCGGGUAUUAAAUUGUCACCCUGGUUUGCUGUGUCAGUUAGUCAGUUUGGGGGGAGGCAGCACAAAGCGUGGGGUUCACGGCACAAAACAGCCCAAAAAUGUUGUGCUCACGUAUUAAUGGAGCUUGUCCUUCGUGCUCCUGCCAGCAGAGGCGAGUGACCCUUGUCUCUUUCUCUGUCCCCAGCUGUCGGCACGGGUACGUCGUUGGUGCUUUCGUCUCUCCUGUGCCUCCUGCUCUUCACCGGGAUGCAGAUGUACAGCCGCCAGCUGGCAUCCAGCGAGUGGUUGACCAUCCAAGGGGGCCUGCUGGGCUCUGCCCUCUUCAUCUUCUCCCUUACCGUAUCCUCCUACGUGCGGCAUUUUACUUGGGCAUUUUCAGCCGGGCUGGGGCUGUCAGAAUGGGAUGGGGUCAAAGGGGGCGCCCACAGGCAUCAGCUGAUCCAGCAGGAAGGUGGCACAUAAAGGACUGCAGCUCAGGAGGUAGAGGGUCUGCUUUGCAGGAAGUCCCAGGCUCCAUGCCUGUCAUUUCCAGGUAGGGCUGAGAACGUUCUCGUCUGAAACCUGGGCGUUUUGCUGCCAGUCAGUGUAGGCACUCCUGAGCUAGAGGGGCCAGUGAUCUGAACUCCAGCUUCUUACGUCCCUGUGUUAUAAGUGGUUCAGCCUCUGCUUUGUGGUGCAGAAGGCUCCCUGGCAUCUUCAGGUAGAGCUAAGAGAGGCUUCUGCCAUUUUCUUCUAAAUGUUUUAUUUCCUCAAACGGUGCUGCAGAAGUAAUAUUGAUUAAAAUACCAAAUAUAAAUUAACUGACUCACCCAACCCCAGCUUGAACGCUGUUUCAAAACUCAGGUUACAUUUCUUGGAAGUGCAAUAUAUUCUACAAAUAGCAUUGAGAAUCUUUUUUUUUUAACAUAAUAUUCAAAGUGCUGUUUUUCUAGAAAAAGAGGUGCCAGAAUGCAGCGUGAACAACUCCAUCGUUCUCUUAGAAUGGCAGUGGUGCCCACCUGAGAGGUGCCGGAACUGAAUUUCAGUGAAAAAACCCCUGAUAAUAAUAGUAACAAUAAUAAUAAUACAGUGGUACCUCGGGUUACAAACACCUCGGGUUACAAACACUUCGGAUUACAGACUCCGCUAACCCAGAAGUAGUACCUCAGGUUAAGAACUUUACCUCAGGAUGAGAACAGAAAUUGAGUGGCAGCGACAGCGGGAGGCCCCAUUAGCUAAAGUGGUACCUCAGGUUAAGAACAGACCUCCGGAACGAAUUAAGUUCAUAACUAGAGGUACCACUGUACAGUGGCACCUCGGUUCUCAAACGUCUCCGUUGACGAACGUUUCAGAACCUGAAUGCCAGAAACCCGGAAGUAAAUGCUUCCAUUUUCAAAUGCACUGCAGAAGCCAAACAUCUUCUGCUGCAUGUUUUUUCAAUUUUCACCAUUGAAACUGACAUUCUCCCUUUGCACCUCAGUUGUCGAACAUUUCGGAAUUUGAACGAUCUUCCGGAACGGAUUACAUUCAACAACCAAGGUUCCACUGUGAUUUUAAAAAAAAAAUUAUGAUUUGUACUAUGCCCCAGCCACUCUGGGUGGUUUCCAACAGAUACAAAAACAUAAUAAAACAUCAAGCAUUAAAAACUUCCUAAUUAUUACAAUAAAUAAUACUAAUUUUUUGUUUACAGCAUUCAUUGUUUUCAGUAACCUAUGAUCAAAACACUCCAGCUACCAGCAAUAUAUUUUACAGAUUGCUUUACAAUUGGAGAAAUAGAAAUAAUUCCUUGCGAGUAAUGUUGGGACAAUACCCUUAUUUGGGCUGAGAAGUUCUGCAACAAAAUGUUGCAGUAGAGGGUGCUUCUGUUUAGGGAGCCAGCCAGCCAUGCCCUUCUCUGUAAUACUCCAUUGCGCUCCCCCUCCCACCCAGUUUUCCAUCCCCCCCCCCAACAGUAAGCCAGUCAUCUGUGGUCGCUGAGCACACACAAACCUCAGAGUUCCCUCAGGCCUGCUGAUCCCUUCCUCUUCCGUGUAGGUGGCAUGACUUUGACUACGUAAAAGGGUUGUCACUAACCACCUGAACUUUGGAAAUAGAGGGAAUCACAUGAAAUGACAUCAGAAACGUGUAACCACAUGCUUUCAAUUCCCCCACAACCAUUAACCCCCGCCUGAAUCAGCUUUCUGGAGAGGUUGGGAGGGUUGGCUUUGUUUUUUACUAGCCUCAUUAAAAAGGUAAAGGUUAAGUCCAAUCGCAGACGACUCUGGGGUUGCGGCGCUCAUCUCGCUUUACAGGCCAAGGGAGCCAGCAUUUGUCCGCAGACAGUUUUUCCGGGCCAUGUGGCCAGCAUUUCUAAGCCGCUUCUGGCGAAACCAGAGCAGUGCCCGAAAACGCCGUUUACCUUCCCGCCGGAGCGAUACCUAUUUAUCUACUUGCACUUUGAUGUGCUUUUGAACUGCUAGGUGGGCAGGAGCAGGGACCAAACAACGGGAGCUCACCCCAUCGUGGGGAUUCGAACCUCCGACCUUCUGAUCGACAAGCCCAAGAGGCUGAGUGGUUUAGACCACAGCACCACCCACAUCUACCAAUUAACCUCAUUAGUUGGUCCUAAAUCAAAGUGUUUCACUAAUUUGACUUCCAGGCGUGUGGGGGCGCUGUUUAGUUUUUCUAAUGAACGGAGACAUCUACCUGCUAAUUCCCUACCCCCUUUAAACAGAAGUCUAGCAUUAUUGGGAUAAAGGUCCAGCAUUUUCUUUGCUUCACUGUGCUGCUUAGGAGUUUAGGAAGUUGUCACAUUCCCAGUCAAGACCAUUGGUCCAUCUAGUUGAGUAUUGUCUACACUGACUGGCAGCAGCUCUCCAAGGAGUCCUUUGCAGCCUUACCUGGAAUGUUCUACAUGUUUACCAUAGUUACUUGCAGAGAAAAACUGGCAGGUAGCUCGUGUUUUGCUUGGUUUUUAAUGCAAAAAUGCAAUCCCACCCAGCUGAAAUCUAAAGUGGUACAGUCUCUACCCUACAACCUUAGGACUCUACCACACUCGUUUUAUUCCACCAGCAGGUCCAGCCUUAUGACUUUUGAACAUAUGGAGCGUUUCCCUGCAUUGAAAGCAGCACUGUUCCUGAUUUUAAAAACAAAAAUGUAUUCAUUUAUAUUGCAUUUCAUUAAAAUUUAUAUACCACUUGGUUGUUUAAAAGGAAACAACCUCAAAGCAGUUUACAAAAAGAAGAAACAAAAACAAUUAUUUAGAAAGUUCAGAAAAGUGUUUUUUUUAAGCAUCUUCAUUGAAAGUUCAAAAAGUACAUAAUUACCAUAUAUGUGCACUAAACAUGGUGAGACAUAAAUAAAAGAGAGAGAAGGAAAAAGAAAAGAACCGGUGUAGAAGGAGAACUAAAGGGGGGGGGCAAAGCUGUAUACUUUACAAGGUUGUUAUUGUACUUCACCAGAUCUUAACCUGGGGUCCCCAAACUUUUUUGAAAGAGGGCCAGAUUAGUCCCCAAAAUGGACUUUGGACAUGCCUGUCUUAACAUAUUACAGUAUUUGUAAGGAUGGAUUCCAAAUAUCACGGGGUUUGUCCAUGACAAGUCUGUGUUUAUAUGCAAGUUGUUCAUAUGUUGUGAUUUUGCAUAAGUCUUCAAUCCAGUCGUAGAAGGGAGCCUCAUUUUUAUUUUUCCAAUUCAUCAGCAUCAGUCUUUUUGCUGCACUAAGGGUACGGAGAGUCCACUCGUAUUGUCCUUUUGUACGGUUCCAUGUGCUGGGUAUAUAAUUCAAGAGGAUACUCUGCUCUGUAAAUGUCAGGUUGUUCCACACAGUUCUGUUGAUAGUUUCAAUUACCUUCUGCCAAAAAUCUUUUUAAUAUAGGACAAUGAACAUACAUAUGUUUUAGAGAAGCAUUAUCCCUAUCGCAUCUCCAACAGAUAACCUUAGAAAGCCCUUUUUUAAACAAGCAUAAUGUUCAGAAAGGUUCAGAAAAGUAAUUAAAACCAAUAAGCUAAAAACCAGCUUAAAACGCUAGACGACUUUCAACAUAUCUAGAUAGUCUUGCCGAAGCAAAAAUAAUUUUUUUACAAGUGUGGAACGCAUGUUAUGUGGCACCUGCCAUCUCGCAAGCAAACUGGGAAUUAUUAUUAUUUCUUAAAUUUGUAUACUGUACCACCCUUUGUCCGCAGAUCUCAGGUAGGUUCACAACAUUUCUCCCCUGGCCUUCGCUUCUGGGUGAAUGGUUCUACUUUGGCUACGUAAAGAUGGUAGACCCCAGAUCUUGUCCAUUUAGCACGAAGAAGCUUUCUGGGGAACUUGAAAGCUUACACAUUUCUGACGUUUUCCCUCCGUUUAGCCUGCAGAUGCUUUCUGGAGAACUUGGAAAGCUUACGCAUUUCUGACCUUCCACCUCAAUCUCUCUUAUUCCCAAUGAGCAAGCAGUGAGUGACAAUCUUUAUGUAGCAACAGAGGGGAGAGUAUCUGUACGACUGCGGGGGGGGGCUUCUUACUUCCCUGACAUGUCAGCGGAUGUUUUCCUUGACUUGAAACCCAGGCGUUCAACAACCUUGAAAAUUUGAUUUUCGGCAAAGGAUUCCAAGCUAAGAUAUUCCCUGAAAGUAAGCUGAACGGAUUUAGGGUGAUCAUUUUCUUUUCAGAGAGGUGGGGGGCUGAGAAAUCGGCUGGCUUGUAUGUAGCAGCUGGUGGUUGGCUGAUAUGGGGAGGGUUUUUGGGGGGUGGGGGUUGUUUACAAAAUGAUAAUUUCUCGUCCUUUUUUUCCCCCUUGCCAAAACGCACUUCCUUUUCCUCCGCAGUUAUUACCUGCCUGCUGCUGGCACUGUUUGCUUCAGGGCUGAUUCAUCGGGUCUGCGUCACCACCUGGUAAGAACAGGGGAUUGUGUCCCAACACACACACACACGUCGUAACAGAUCCAGAUUAAGGAAAUCCAGCUUGCAUCACAUCUGAAGCCGCUGUCAGGGCCACAUCAGGGGCAGAAACCCCCACAAUUAGCAGAGCAAGCAGGAAGGCCCCCGAAACACGGCCGAAUGAAACAAGAAUGUCGGAAGCCGCCUUAUACAGAAUCAGACCACUGGUCUAGCUCAGCAUUGUCCACACUGACUGGCAGCAGCUCAAGCAAGGGCUGCCAGGGACUGAACCGGGAGUCCUUCUGCUCUGUUGCCUAUCUGAGUCCUCUCCCCUAAAAGUAAAGCAAGAUUCUAGUCCUCAAUGUUCUGGAGCAAGGGCUGGUUUAAAUAGGGAGCUGCCUUGCCUUGAGUCAGCUGAUUCUCCAUCAAGGUCAGUGUUGACUGCACUGACUGGCAGCUGCUCUCUGGGGUUUCAGGCAGGGGGCGUUCCCAGCCCUACCUGGAGAUGGCAGGCAUUGAACCCAGCACCUUCUGCAUGCAAAGCAGAUGCUCUACCACUGAGCCAUGGCGCUUUCAAAGACAUUGUUACACUCCCUGGGUUGAAGGCUGAUCGGCCAAUGAACAGCUGUUCCCUUGCAGAGGGUUGGAUUCCCAAUGGCCGUCCUCCCUGGCUGUUGGCCAUGCUGCUUGGGGGCUGAUGGGAGUUGGAGUCCGACAAGCUCUGCAGUUUCCCAUAGCUCUGGUUUAGCAACAUCGCCUCUCCUCUGGCUGCAGUCGGGGCUGAUCGUCAGAGAUGCAAACCUGGGUGCGGGGGUCAAGUCGGUCUGUGUGUAAGCUAGCCUAGAUGUGCAUUUGCUGGUACACCCACUUUUGCACAUGGUCCUGUGGGAAAUUGCUCAGAAGAGAAUGUGGCCCUCGAAGGGGAAACGAUUCCCCACCGUGGAACUAGGGAGCCAAGCUAUGGAAAGGGAGGAGGGCCUCGGGUGCUCUCUGCAGGCCACGCCCCUUCCUCACAAGCCACGCCCCCUCCUUUGCAAAGCAGAUGGUCUAGCCUUGAGCCCUUCCCUGCGAUCGAGUCUUCCUUGCAGCCCACUCACCCCUCUGGCUUCUCUUCCCAGUUUCAUCUUCUCGAUGAUCGCCCUGUACUACAUCAACAAGAUCUCCUCCACGCUGUACCAGUCGACCACGCCGGUGCCCGUGGUUGCAAAGACGGUCAGUAAAGGCAGGAAGAGGAAUUGA